AUGUCCAAGUAUGAUGAAGGAGAUAAGGUUAAUCCAACGUAUUUCAAAAGUCUAGUUCAAAGCCUAAGAUAUCUCACAGCCACGCUACCUGAUAUAUUGUUCGCAGUAGGCUUAGUUAGUCGGUAUAUGGAGAAACCCAAGAUGCCACAUCUGAAAGCAACUAAAAGAAUCCUACGAUACGUGAAAGGUAUAAUAGAGUACGAAUUGUUUUAUUCAUCUACUAAAAAGUCCAAAUUAGUAGGAUACCGCGACAGUGACUGGGCAGGAAAUGUGGAUGAUCGUAAAAGUACUGCCGGGCUUGUGUUUUGUCUCAGAGAUACUGCUUUUACGUGGCCCUUAAAAAAACAACCAAUAGUAACUCUAUCAACAUGUGAAGUAGAGUAUGUAGCUAUUGUUGCAGGAGAAUGUCAUGCUAUCCGGUUAAGAAAUUUGCUAAAAGAAGUUCAAGAACCACAACAAGAAGCCACAGAGAUAUACGUAGAUAACACGUCAGCAAUCUAG